AUGAAUCCUAUGGAAUACAAGAAAUACGAAUCAAGGCUAGAUGACAUUCUUCGCAAUAAUGGUUUCUACCAUUUCGAUAACUUUUUUGGGACGGGUCAGAUAGUCCAAAUCGAUGCCUACGGGUUUUCUCUAGAUAUCGCCAUUUCCACCCGCCUGAAUCAGGACAAUUCGAGUGAGCAAGUGAAGAAAGAGCAUCUGGAAGACCUGUUGAAGACGGUCAUACGAUCUUGCUUCUCUUUCACGACACUUGCUCCAACAUUUGAUUGGCAUUCGGAACAGUAUGACUUCAAGUGA